AUGUCAAAAGGUCCUGCCAUCGGCAUUGACUUGGGGACAACCUUCUCCUGCAUCGGUGUUUUCCAAUGCGGCAGGGUAGAAAUCAUAGCCACCGAUCAGGGUAACCGCACAAUGCCGAGUUGUGUUGCCUUCACAGAUAAGGAACGCCUCAUCGGUGAAGCCGCAAAGAUCCAGGCUGCUGUAAACCCCACCAAUACUGUGUUCGAUGUAAAGCGUCUGAUCGGACGUAGAUUCAACGAUGAGGCAGUGCAGAGUGACAUGAAGCACUGGCCCUUCAAAGUUGUAAAUUCUGGUGUGACACCGAAGAUUGAAGUACAGCACUGUGGUGAAACAAAGCAAUUCGUUGCGGAGGAGAUCUCAUCGAUGGUGCUGUCGAAGAUGAAGGAGACGGCAGAGGCGUAUUUGGGCGAGGAUAUCACAGAUGUGGUGAUCGCUGUGCCUGCGUACUUUAACGUCAAUCAACGACAGGCCACAAUUGACGCAGGAAAAAUAGCUGGUUCAAAUGUGCUACGUCUCAUCAAUGAGCCGAAGGCUGCUGCCAUUGCGUACGGCAGCACACCUCAACGUUGUUACGAAACCACUGCUCACGCCAAUGAUCACCUACGGGCGUGUUCAAGCUUGAGCCUGCACUGUGUGUCAUUGCUUUCAAGUGCGCUGUCACCAGUUAAUGAGGUGGAGCAUUAA